AGCGAUCAUAAUGGUGAACAAUAUGGAUCACGGUUUGCCCAAGUUUCUCUUCUAGGUUAUGAUGAUUGGAAGAUCAUGAUGGAAGCACACCUCUACGCUCUACAUGAUUGCAUGUGGGUGGUGCUUGAAGAUGGACCUUUAAAAAUCCAAAUGGAGAAUCCUGAGAGGAAUCCAGCCAAUCCUGAUGUUGUCCAGUACAUUCCAAAGCCCAAGGAGAAAUGGGAUGAUAGAGAUUGCAAGAAGCACAAUCUGGACAACGUCGCCAAAGCAGCCAUCUUCAAGACACUUGAUCCCAUCACCUUCUCCAAGAUCAAGCAUCUCAAGACUUCCAUGGAGAUAUGGCAAGGUCUCCUUGAUGAGCUCAGAACCUAUGAGCAUGAGCUGAAGAAGAAGAAGGAAGAACAAGUCACUCCAUUUCCCAUGGCACUGAUGACAACCCCAAGAGUCCCAUCAAGUGAAGGGACAUGCCCAAGGAACUGUAACACACCUUCCUCUAACCAUCCGUCAAAUUCAAAAAUGGAAAACUACGAUGAGGAAUUUGCCAUGAUGGUCAAGCAAUUCCGGAAGUUCAAGAAGUUCUUCAAGAAAGCUGACUCAGUCAGAAGGCCAUCCAAGGGAAAGCCACAGUCAGCAUGCCCGUAUCCUAAAGUGGAGAAGUACGGAGAAAGAGAAAGAAACGAGAAGAAGAAGAAGGCAAUGGUAGCUGCUGAAAGUGACGAGUCAUCCAGCUCAAGCUCGGAUGAAGAAGCCCUCGUCUGCAUGGAGCGCAGAGCUGAGAAGUCCAACCAUGAGGAUCGGUGGACCAUGUCAGAAGAUGACACUCUCUGCCUAAUGGCCAAAGAUGAUGCUGAACAAGAGGUAACAUCACAAACCUCCUGCUCAUCUUCUUAUGAAAUCAUACCAAAUUCUGAAAAUCAUUUUGACAAGUUCAAAAAGAUAAUGGAAGAUUUUGAGGAAAUAAAUCUUAAACACUCAUCCUUAACAGAAGAGAACAAGCUGUUGAGUGAAGAGAAUCUCAAGGUGACUGAAAGUUGGAAAAGUCAACUAAGUGAGAUCACUCAACUCAAGGCUGAGAAUGAAUCUCUUUCUGAAAAGGUGAAAUCCCUCAACAAGGAGCUAGGGACACUAAAGUCUAAAGAAGCAGUGGAUAAGCUUCUUGAAACGACCAAACAUAAGGGUCGUGAAGGACUUGGUUUUGACCCCUCCAGUUCCAAAAGGAAAGGGAAAACAACUUUUAUCCCUCCCAAACUUACUACCAAACCCAAUAAGCAGAAAGGAAAGGAGAAGGAGAAACCCACAGAUGUUCCCAAAAAGGUAGUCCCUCCUAAGAACUAUAGGAAGAUGGACACACCUCAAAAAGGAAACAAUUUCAGAAGAAAACCUUCUAACCCCCACUAUACACGAGGCUAUACUCACUAUGGGGUAGAUAGGAGUUUUCCGAGAAAUUCUGAGUGGAGAACUAUGCCAAGAUAUAGUCAUCCUGCACCCCAGAAACUAUUUGUUCCACCUAAGUAUGCUUACAACCGACACAGGCCACACUAUGCACAACCUAGACAAAACUAUAGGUCUUAUCAACCUAGGUUUGCUAGGAGGAAACAGGAAAUUGCACCACCUGCACGUAGGAAGUUUUAUGCCUAUAACUAUGACUACAACCCCAACAAGUUUAGGGCUGCAAGGAAAAUUCCCUUCAACUUCAAACUUGAUGUAGGGACACACACCAUUAACUAUUCUGGACCCAAACUUAAUUGGGACAUGGCAUCCCUCAAGAUCAUCUCCAUAAACGAAGUCAUUCUCACUGGGAAGAGAAUCAGAAACACCUAUGAAGUGAUAUGGGAUGAUGUCAAGGAAGCAUGCCUAAUCAGCAAAGUGAAAAUGAAGAUUGUUUGCGCUAUUGUCCAUUUCCGGAAAUUGGAAGGCAAGCGCUCUUCACUGACGUUCUAUCAGACCUAUCUAGAGAUGAUUGCUGCUCAAGAACUCUCCAAAUUCCUUCAUAUGGAGAUUCACUCCAAAUAUGAAGAUGAAGUUCUAGAAUUCUACAGGAAUGGAAAGGUCAAGACUGCCCAAUCGAAGAAAAAUCCACAGAGGACGAUUCAAAUUAUCAAGUCCACUGUUGGAGGGACCAAAGUGAAGAUUUCACAGAAGAAAUUGGAGAAGGAGCUUCAUCUUCCCAAUUCUGGAAGUGAAAUUGGGAGACUUCCGGCCAAGAAUCUGGAUUGGAAGACCACUGGGAUUUCUGGGCAAAUCCCCUCUGGCCCAGCGAAGAAAGCAGACUUGAAGAACGACUACAAUGCUGAAGCACCACACAUUUUGGCAGUGGUGAAUUUGGAAGAAGAAGAAGAAGAAGUUUCUGCCCAAGGGGAACUUCAAAGAAAGACGAAAAGGAAAAUCACCUCUCCCUCCACAUCUGAAAAUAUCAACCCGGAUGAGUUGGUGGGAAAGGAGCCAGUUGAGGAACACUCUGCACACAACCAGAGCCCUCAGCAACUUGAUGAAGAAAUUUCCCAAGUUCAAAGUUCUCCAACUCCUUCACUACAGGCUCAAACUAAUGAUGCAGAGAGCCAAUUCAUGCAGCUCUAUUAUGACUGGAGAGCUUGGAAGGUUGGAAACUCAGCAGAGCAGUUAUUGGAAUGGGACCAACAACUGAAAAAUGAAAAGAUCAUCAAGAGAUGCUUGGGUCUGCCAGUCAACUAUUACUGUGAGCAAAUCCUGGAUGUUGACUCGUUAUGGCAAAGAAACUAUGAAGAUUUGCAUCUGGAAUACUUGGCCACCACACCAGUCUCAGAAUUUGAAGUGGACGAUGAAGAUCCUUCAGUCUACACGCUAAUCUUCUCAAAGGCCACAGAAGACCAGAUGGCUCUUACCACAGAAGCACAGACCAAUAUGGAAGCCACAACAGAGGAUUUCCAAGUUUUUCUGGAAACCUCCACUGCUUUUGAGACUAAUCUGGCUGAAGCUGUCCAGGAGAAUGCGGCUUCUCCAUAACAAGAACAGAACUAGGAAGCAUCAGAGGAAGAACUUUUUCAACUCCUCUAAUCUCAAGUUCAAGAGAUUAUCACAACUCCUUGUGAGAUCUCCAAUCAGCCUAAACUUGAGAUUCCG